AUGAACGUGUCCAGCACGAGUCCGGCAUCGAUCAUCCCGGGAGGAGGGAUGAAGGAGGACCAUCCGAAUUGGAAUGAAGGCCAUGAGUGUUCCCAAACAAAUGUGGACCACACGCACAUGCAUUUCAGUUACCACCACUUGCAUCAUCGCGGGGUCCAAGCUGCACAAAAGAACUGUCCGCCGGCGUCAAGAGGGUCCAAUUUCUAUCAGAAUCCUCCCCAAGAUCUCUUCAUUUUGGGGCAAGGCAAGCUGUUCUUGUUCGUUUCAACCAAAAUGACACAACAGUCAUUCCAUGAAAUGAAUGACACCAUAUAG